GAAGUCCCAUUCCUUCUUUCAUUAUCCAACACUGAUCACGAAGCACGCUCAGUCGCGUUAUCUGACCUUCCACAUUGCCCCCAAUGUGCAAAUCUAUUGCGCCCAGGAGUUGUUUGGUUUGGUGAGAGGCUGGCUGCUGGCACGCCAGAUAGUGUUGAUGAAUGGAUGUCAAAAGAACACAUUGAUUUGGUGAUUGCGGCUGGGACUAGCUUGCAAGUUUUUCCAGCUGCAGAGUGGGUAAGUACCGCACGAGCGUAUGGAGCAUCUUUGGCUAUCAUUGAUGCGGGAGACCAUGAAAUAGUGGAGGAAUUCGAUGAGAAAUACUGGUUCUUCAAAGGAAAUAUCGCGUUUGUUCUACCAAAGAUAGUU